AUGGCUUCGACAUGCUGCUCCGCAACAGCAAUCGACACAACGCAGAUCGUCAUUCUGGGCAGCGGGGGAGCAGCCAUGGCAGCAGCGAUAACCGCUGCAGAGCGGGGUGCUCAAGUGCACGUGGUAGAGCGAGGUACCAUAGGCGGCACGUGUGUGAACGUGGGCUGCAUCCCGUCAAAACACCUCGUCCGAUGCGGUCAACUGGAGCACUGGUGCGAACUGCACAAGCACCAAACCGUGUCCAACGCAGUGAACGGUUGUCCCUGUCCCGGUAUGCUCGACGCCCCUAAACUGCGUACCGCUCGACAAGCGCUCGUAGAACAGCUUCGCUAUCAAAAGUAUGAGCGGGUGCUCGGUGAGAACCCCCGAAUCACAACUUGGCACGGAGAGGCGCGUUUUCACGAUCCUCAGAGCGUCUGGGUACGAACCACUGCAGAUGACGGCAGUCGUGUCGACACCCUGCUGCGCUUUGAUCGUUGUCUGAUUGCUGUGGGUGCUGCACCCUGCAUACCGCCGAUUGACGGACUCGCAGAGGUCCCUUUCUGGACGUCAACGGAAGCACUGGCGAGCGACCAGAUACCGCGGAGACUCGCGGUCAUCGGGUCGUCUGCUGUAGCGCUCGAACUGGCCCAGGCUUACGCACGUCUGGGUAGUCGCGUCUGGAUCCUCGCUCGCCAUGGACUAUGCACGCGAACUGACCCGCUCGUUGGCGAUACACUGGGUGCGGCUCUGGUAAGUGACGGACGCAUUGAGAUCCGCUGCCAUACUCGGGUCGAGCGGGUCCGGUAUCGGGACGGCCUGUUCACGAUGACGCUGGACUCGCAGGAAACGAGCGUGGAGGUAGACGCUUUGCUGGUUGCGUGUGGGAGACGUCCGAACACUGCCGCACUGCAGCUCGAUGCAGCUGGUGUGCACUGGGAUGCGGCCUCGGGCACUGUCCCAGUCAACGAUAGGAUGCAGACGAAUGUACCAAACAUAUACGCAGCAGGUGACUGUACGAACAUGCCGCAGCUGGUGUAUGUGGCGGCUGCAGCUGGUACCCGUGCCGCAAUCCAGAUGACCGGCGGUGACGCCAAACUGGAUUUGUCGCUGGUGCCUUGGGUGAUCUUUACGGAUCCACAGGUGGCGGCUGUGGGUCUCACAGAGGCGGAGGCACAUGCGCUUGGUCUCCAGACGCAGGUGCGCACGCUCCCGGUCACGAAUGUGCCACGGAGCAUCGUGCACGGCGAAAAGUACGGAUUUUUGAAAGUCGUCGCGGAUAUAACGAGCAAGCGUAUCCUGGGGGCUCAGGCGGUGGCAUCGGAAGCCAGCGACAUGAUUGCCACCGUCGCGGUUGCCAUGCGCGGUGGUCUAACUGUCCCGGAUCUGGCGGAGCUGUUGAUACCAUACCUCACCGCGAGCGAGGCAGUCAAGCUGGUUGCCCAGUCAUUCACGCGUGAUGUCCAGAAGCUGUCGUGCUGCGCUGGCUAG